CAUUUGGUAAGAUUUGAAAAACCUGCCAGGACAGAGAUCGGAGGACUCAAAAAGAGGGCGUGUCUAGAAAAACCAGAUGUAUGGCAACCCUACUCAAGGGGCUGGGGCCUGAGGGGCAUGGCCGCAGCCCUGUGCAGUGACCGGGCUGGGCCCUUCACAGCCCCGGGCUCCGCAUCUCUAGCGGUGGUGCUUCAGGGUGUGCCCAGUAGGAGAGCAGCAGCCGUGCGAUGGCCCUCGCCGAGGGGCAUCGCUAUUGGGGCUCCUCGUCCUCCCUGAGUGUUUGAGUCCCGGCUUGGUCUGGUCCAGUAGCCUCCUCCUUGAACUGGGCCCUGCCCCUGCCUUGGGGGAGGCCGAGCAGAAGUGGUGUCAACCAGCGGCGUGUAGGCAGUGGCUCGCCACAGCUCAGAGCAACAAUGCUGCUUUCUUCACCUAUUUUCUCUAGGUCUGUGAUGAGCCCCAGGAGUUAAAGAGGAAAGUCAGCGAGUUGGCUGCAGCUGUGCGAAGAGCCAGGCACAUGGUUGUCUACACAGGAGCUGGGAUCAGCACGGUAGGGUUCCUGGAGCCAGCACUGACGAUUUCUGCAGUGCCUGCAGCUGCGUGGUUCUGCCAGACGCCUUACAGGGAGCCUCUUGGGUAGCAACAGGAUUGCAAGCAGUGUGUUAUGAGCUCAGAAUUGGGAGACUUAAGAUCCCGUAGUCAGAGACUGGCCUGCUGCUUGCUGCAGACUGGGCAGGAAACUUGUCUGUUAUCUGUCAAAAAGGUGCGCGUGGUUCAGGCGAGUUCAUAGCUGCAGCAUCCGAGGUCACUGUACGAAGGAGGAGCUGCUCAAACCGAUCUGUGAGAGGCUGGCCUUCUCAUCCCUUUUGGAUCUCUUCAGGACCCGCUUUUCCUGGCAAGCCUGUUAAAAGCAAACAAAAAAAAAAAAACCAGUUCGUGAUGGCUUCAUUGAAGGAGAGGUGGGAACAGCUGGCACAUGCAUGUGACCUGUUCCUCCAUGGUCUUUGCUGGGACAAGUGAGGGUUGAAAUCUGGUAGGGGUGCACCAAUAGAGAUUUUUUGGGUGCAUACUGAUAGUCGACUUUUAACAAGCCAUAUCGGCCGAUACUGAUCUAAUUGCCGAUAUGUGGCCCAGCAGCAUGGAGAGCAACCUCUGGCUGACCUACCAGCUGGACAGUGCUCUCCACACUUCCACGCUGCAUUCUUGGCUGCCUGCGUGCUGUGCUGCAGCUGUGCGCAUGUACCCGGCAUUUAUCGGCAGCAUUAUUGGCUACGUCAGCCAAAACAAGGCAGCUUCGAUCCCAGACUAUAGGGGCCCUAAUGGAGUGUGGACGUUAUUGCAGAAAGGCCAGAGCAUCAGGGCUGCAGACCUGAGUGAGGCAGAGCCCACACUCACGCACAUGAGCAUUGCCUGCCUACACAAGCACAAGCUGGUGCAGCACGUGGUGUCUCAGAACUGUGAUGGGCUGCACUUGCGGAGCGGGCUGCCCCGAGCAGCAAUAUCGGAGCUGCAUGGAAACAUGUACAUAGAGGUCUGCACGUCCUGCACACCCAACAGAGAGUAUGUGCGUGUGUUUGAUGUCACGGAGCGCACUGCUCUGCACAGGCACGACACAGGCAGGACGUGCCACAAGUGUGGGACGUUGCUGAGAGACACCAUCGUCCACUUUGGGGAGAAGGGCACCCUGAGGCAGCCCCUGAACUGGGAAGCAGCAACAGAGGCUGCGACCAAAGCGGACGUGAUUCUCUGUCUGGGUUCCAGCUUAAAGGUUUUGAAAAAGUACCCACGUCUCUGGUGCAUGAGCAAGCCCCCCAGCCGCCGUCCAAAGCUGUACAUCGUGAACCUCCAGUGGACUCCAAAGGAUGAGCUGGCUGCCUUGAAACUGCAUGGGAAAUGUGACGACGUGAUGAGGCUGCUGAUGGAGGAGCUUGGUCUGGAAAUCCCCUGCUACGACAGGUUGGUGCAGGGCCUGGUGGGCGUGCCCCCUCAUGCUGGCGCCGGGCAUCGUGCCGUGGCGCAGCCCCGCGCCCGGCUGUAG